AUGUGCGAACCAUCAUUGAUUUAUGCUCACCAACAGUUCGGCAAUUCAUAUGUAGAUGAUUCCGAAGAAGUGAAUACCAUAUCGCCGCUCAUGAUCGCAUCAGGUCUUGGCCUUCUUGACAUUUCUAAAGCUCUUUUGGCCACUUCACUAUCACAGUCUGAAGUAAAUCAAUUUUGGAGAAAAGAAAUCACAUUGUCUUUUGCAACCAGGAACGGAGAAUAUGGAAUAAAGGAGCUUUUAAUAAUUGCCGUCGCCAAUAUUAAUGAUAUCGACUCUGAUGAGCAAAUCAAAAGCACUUUAGAAAUUGCUCUCGAGAAUAACCGGGAGGAUAUAAUAAGUUUUCUUCUCGACAACAAAGCUGGGGUUAAUACAGCCCUGAUCACUGCCGCGCAAAAUUAG